AUGCCGCUCAGAUUUCUUGGUACACCGGAUCGGGACCCAGGCAGUGACGAGGAAGAAGAGUAUUUCUUCUCGAGCGUCGAGCCCGUGUCGCGAAGUGCGGGUUCCUUCGACGACCUUGAUCAUGACACACGCCCUCAAGAGCCACUUGCUACUCUCACAGUGGACCUCCCCAAGCUGCCUUGUCCGGCGCCCGAGCCUGCUGUUCUCGAGUCUGCUUGGUACGCUUUUCUCACCCAACCCGAGCAAGACCGGAAAGAAAAGGCCAUGGACGUCCUCGCGAAGUUUGAGCCUUUUCGACAUCUACCUCCUGAGCUCGAUGCUCUGUCGAACGUUCAGAAGUCGAAGCCCCCGGAGCUGUUCCUCGGCAUACCGCUCGAAAGGAAGAUGAUCUUGAAGUAUGCAGCCAAGUACGAUCUGUUCGUUUACGUCAACCGGACGAAAAUGCGUCCUGUGGGCUGGAAACCUCGCGACGAGGUCACUCGGGACCUCGCAGUCAGCGUUGACUCGACGGCGCACUUCGUAUUCAAAGACAUCCAGGUGAACUUAUGGUCCCGCCUUCGCUUCGAUUUCGGCUAUGGCAAACCCGGGCCCGGGAGACCGUUCCUGUCGCUCUGGGUGCUCUGCUCCAACUUCGAUUCGGUCGACGAGCGUCCAUCACCGGAGAAUCUUGCGGAAUUACGAGAGGAGCUCGGGUUGAACGAUAUCAAGUGGUAUCUAUCCAUGUCUAUGUGA